AUGCCCAAAGUAUGGGUUAAGCCUGCUGACAAUAAAGUGGACGGGGAUGCCAGUGGCAACGCUGCUGAAGGCGCUCACAAACCCGAGACACUGGAGUUGCAUAAAGAUGAAGACGAAGACAAAGACAGCGAUGAAAUAGAUGACGAAGCAGAAGACGAAGAAGAGGAGGGGGACAAGGCAGACGUAGACGAGGAGGAGGAGGAGGAGGAGGACGAUGCCGAAGCUGAGGGUGAUGAUGAAAAUGAGAAUCUGAGUGAAGAUGUUGAAGAAACGGAAGACGAAGAAGAGCCCGAAGACACCAACAACGCAGAACCCGUUGAUGAAGGUGAGGACGAACAACAAGGCGAAGAAGAGACGAGGGAGGAAGACGAGGAGCCAAAAGAUGAAGAAGAGGAAGAUGUGAAGGAGGAAGAGUCAGGCGAAGAUGAGGAAAAUGAGGAGGAGGCGGCAGGAGAAUCAGAACAAGAGGAAGAUAAAGAACAAGUAGAUGAAUCUUCCGACAAGGAAGAUGAGGUGAAAGAAGAAGAAGAAGUGAAGGAAGACGCCGCUGAAAAUGAAGGUGAGGAGUCAGAUAAAGAGGCGGAAAGUGAUAAGGAGGAGGGUGAAACAGAAGAAGAGGAGGAUAAAGAACACGAAGAUGAAUCCUUAGACAAAGAAGAGGAGGAGUCAAAAGAGGAAGUGGAAGAAGAGGAUAAGAAGGAAGAUGAAGCAGAAGAAGAGGAUGGCAAAAAAGAAAACCAUGAUGAAGAUGAAGAAUCUCCCGUCGAGGUAGCCGAGGAGCCAGAAGAGGAGGAUGAGCACAAUGAAUUAGAUGCCGAGAGUGAGGAGGUGAACAAAGAGGACGAUACCCAUGAGGAAGAAGAGGAACAAAAUGACGAACCCUCCGACAAGGAAAGCGAGGGGUCAGAAGAGGAGGACAAGCACGAAGAGGAAGUUCACGAUGGUGGUCAAGACGCCGAUGAUAAGGAGGAGGUAGAUGACGAGGAGGAGGGGAAAGAAGAAGAAGAAGAGCAGGAAGGCGAAGAACAUGACGAUGAAUCCAUCGACAAGGAGCACGAGGAGUCAGAAGAGGACGACACGGACGAUAAACCAGAUGCUGAAGGUGACAAGGAAGGAGAAGAGGAAGAGCACGAUGACGAGGAAACGGGUGAGAUUGCUGACGGAAAUCCUGGCGCGAAAAUCGCAGCUGAGAAACCAGAGGAUGUCCCUGCUUUGAAGGAAGAGGUGCAGCAUGUCGAACAGCUCCAUCGUCGCCAUCGCAACCUCCAUCGGAAGCAUGCUGCGCAUUAA